AUGGGGGCUGGUCGAGAUUUGCGGUACUUCGGAUCCUCUUCGGCAAUUUCGUUGCUUCGAACCCAGCCCCUUCCAGCAGGGCUUCCAGCCACUCGUGAAAAGACUGGAAGGCCAGACUCGGAGGCAGGGCCCUGGUCUCUUUGGACUCACCCCAGAUUACAGGGCGUCUUCGAGAGGAGGUCACCCUGUCCCCUCCCGCCGUGGAAUGAAGCUUUGUCAUUGGUAAAUGCAUUCUUUGAGCAGGAACACACGGCACUGCCUCUGUUCCACCCACCGGCCUUUAUCGCUCUUCUUGGGCAACAGUACUCGGGAGAAUCUGAACGGAGCCCGGCUUGGUGGACUGCAUUCAACGCUGUCCUCGCAAUCUCCCACCGACAACGCGUGGAAGAAGGCAAGUCGGCGGAGAAGGAGCGCAUGUGGGGUUACGCGGCAAACGCCCUGGAUACUGUCCUCGACAUCCUCCUGAGAGCCACGCAACUCAUGUCAGUCCAGGCCCUUCUGAUCCUUGCCUGGUUCUUCCUGGGUACCCCUAAUCCACAGCCCAGUUUCAUGCUGGUAGCAAACGCCAUUCGUCUAGCCCACUCCAUCGGACUCCACAGAAAGAGCUGCGGCUCCUCCUUGAGUCCCAUAGAACGGGCGACUCGAAUCAACGUGUUCUGGCUGGCAUUCUCCUUGGAUAGGGAGCUGAGCCUUCGUACGGGCAGACCUCCCGCACAAGACUUUGGCGAUUUUGAUGUGGACCUGCCUGAUCCGCAUAUGCAGCCCGAUUUCAGCAACAGUUGCCCCUCGACUCCAUCUUUCAAUGCAUUUUUGGCUGGCACCCGACUCGCCGUCAUUCAAGCCAAGCUAUACUCUGAGAUGUACUUAAGCGAAGCGCUUCAACCAGAGGCCGUCAGGGAAGCGACCAGAAGUCUUGAUCGAGACCUGCAGGACUGGCGGGAAACGUUUUCGUUCGGCCUGGACCUCGAAGGCUGCCCGGGACUAUCGAAGCACGCUGCGAUCCUGCGCCUUAAUUACACGUACUAUCACACAGUCAUCCUGGUUCACAGGGCCCAAAGCGACAUAGACUGGAGGUCCAGCAACUCGGAAAAUCCCCAGGAUUUCUCCUCCCAAUCCAUUGAGCACUCACUACAAGCUGCAAGGUCCAUAUUGAAGAUUGGGCCCCUCGUCCCGGACACCUGGCAGAGUGUUUUAUGGGACGUUAUUCCCAUCAACGUGACGGCCAUCAUCGUUCUGUCCCUGCACAUUCUGCGUCGACCGGACUUCCUCGGCGCAGCUGAUGACCUGAGCCUCAUCUCCAAUAGUGUUCGACGUCUCAUCUCGCUUGGCCAUGAGGAAACCGAGUCAUACCUAAGACCUGUCACCGCAGCGUGCCAGGGCGUCUACAAUGCUGCUGUGAAGGCUGCGAGAGCAUAUGGCAUCAUGUCACUGGAGAACCUUGAUAGUGACCUCGGACGCUCCGUCACGGUCUCCAGUGGGAAUGGAGCCGGCCCGGGAAGCCGAACGUAUGGCCUGAGAAACUCUCUGCAGACGACGCCGAGAGCGGCCUCCCCCUUCAGGUUUGAGUCGGAACCCGGGUUGCUCACAAACCCACCGGCUCCACUCGUCGACACCACCAACAACAUUUCAUGGGAUCAAACAAUGACGGACAGAGAAAUAGUUCCUUGGGAGUUUGAAUAUCUUCUAGGCGACAACAGCUUCGAUCUCCUUGGAUGA